AACUGCAGCUGGGUGCCUGAUCCACAGAAGGCAGAGCAUUUUCACAGCAGUCUCCCAAGAUGGUGCUUCUCAUGCAGCACGACCUUUCCCACACUCCCCUGUACACCGUGUACCUCUGCUCCUGGUGACUGGACACCAGUUCCAACUUGUGGGACCGGAUCUUCAUGGAGAGGUAGGACAAGUAGCAGUGGCUCCAGAAGGCCACCUUCCUGGAACUCUGUGAGUGGCUUGCUCCUGCCCUCCGGCAAUGAGACACCCAUAUGUGACCCACCAUUCACCUCCAGAAGUGGGUCACCGUCACUAUCUGGAAGCUUGCCAUGCUGGGCAGCUAUCGCUCCAUCGGGAACCAUUUCAGCAUGGGGAGAUCGACCAUUGGAGCUGUGCUCAAGCAGACUGGCAAAAAUGCUUCAAAAGAAUCCUUGCUGUUAAAUGAAUAUUCCUAUGUGAGAUUAAACUCAAAUGAUCAAAAAGGCUUCAAAGUGUUCCAGUUCAUAUCAGUGAUUUCAAUAGUUGGGUUUGUUGUCCUGAUGGCCAUUUACAUGAUAAAACCAGUCACCAUAGAUUUUCCAGAAGACCAAGAAACCAUUAUCAGCAUUGACCAGCAGAUGGAGGAGCAACGAGUCUUUGGAGAUACCUUGGAAGACAAGAUGACUAACGAGGACAAUGUCAAUACAUGUAAUGAUUCAUGCAAUUUUGAACUCGUGGAAAGUAUUCCAUGUGACAUGGCUUAUGAGACAAAUAGCACCACUAUGAAACCCUUGUACCAAGCCUGGAUGGGUCUCCUCAACAUGACACAGGAAAGAAUUCAUGUGGCUUCUUACUACUGGUCUCUGAAAGGAGAAGAUAUAAAUGUAAAUGAUUCCUCUUCUGAACAGGGUGAAGAUAUUCUGAAGAAGUUUGAAAGUUUACUUAUGGAGAAUGUCUCGGUGUAUAUUGCAACAAGCUUGCCAACUUUAGCUGUAAAUUCAACUGACCUUAAAGUGUUGAAGGAAAAAGGGGCUCAUGUAAGAAGGAUAAAUUUUGGACAUUUGACCAAAGGUGUGCUGCAUUCUAAAUUCUGGAUUGUAGACAUGAAACACAUGUAUAUUGGCAGUGCAAAUAUGGACUGGAGGUCAUUUUCUCAGGUAAAAGAAGUUGGUGCUGUGAUAUACAACUGCAGCUGCUUAGCCAAAGAUCUAUGGAAAACAUUUAGAACAUAUUGGGAUCUUGGACACGCAAAUGCCACCGUUCCCUCCUCAUGGCCAAGCAAUUAUUCCACCAAAAUUAACAAGUAUAGGCCUCUGGAAGUGCAGUUUAAUGGUACCUUGACAACAGCCUAUUUUUCUGCCUCUCCUCCGGCAUUUUGCCCAAAGGGCCGCACUCCAGAUCUUAUUUCUAUUAUAGAUGUUAUAAAUGAUGCAGAAGAAUAUGUGUAUGUCUCAGUCAUGGAGUAUUUUCCUACAACGCGCUUCAGUCACCCAGCAAAAUACUGGCCCGACAUUGACAAUGCUCUGAGACGUGUGGCAUUCAACCACAAUGUGCAAAUCAGGCUUUUGAUCAGCUGCUGGCUCCACACUGACCCAUCUAUGUUCCAUUACUUGCAGUCACUUCGUGCACUCAGUGAUCCACAUACCAACAUCACCAUAGAUGUGAAAAUCUUUAUUGUUCCAGUCCUGAAUCACACAAACAUCCCUUUUGGGAGAGUGAAUCACAACAAAUAUAUGGUCACUGAUAAAGUAGCAUAUGUUGGGACUUCCAAUUGGUCUAAAGAUUACUUUAGUACUACUGCUGGAGUUGGGCUGAUUAUCAACCAGACGUCAACAGAUCCUCAAAGAAAGAAGCCAGUUAUACAGGAACAAUUAAAAAAUCUUUUUGAACGAGACUGGAAUUCCAAAUAUUCAGUAAAUAUGGAAGAUCUGCAUGGGCAGAAAGACUGUGUUUGGGAAGAGGAAUUAAGUUACUUAUAAAGUUCAAUAGUUUUUUCUGUUUGAAAUGUAAUAGACAUGAAAUAUAUAGUUUAUUCUUGAUUCUGUGUCAAAGAAAUCAUUUCCUACUGGUAUGCCCCACUACUGAAUGUUCUGAGAGCAGGAUAGUUCAAUGUACCUGUAUAAUCAAAUAAUUCUUGGUAGUUAAUAUGUGAAAUGUGUAUGUUGCACAUGGUUAAUCCAUAUUUGUCAAAUAAA